UAAGUUAUCUAGUGAACAGUGUUUAGUUGCACAUAAAAAUUGUAUUCAUCAACGUAUUUAAAAAAUAAUUUACAAUUAAUAUUUAUUAUGUUUUUGUGAUGAAUUCAAAUUGAAAAUGAUUUAUUUAAUUUUGAUUUUAUUAUGUGGUGUUAGUUCUCACAUUAUUCCACAACGAACGACACAAAUAUCAUCCUCAUUUUUGAAAGAAUACGAAACUCUCACUCAAGGUUUACCAGUAGCCAAGUUUGAUGGCCUACAAGAAUAUUUAGAAAAAAAUUGUAAUUUAACAAUACCAUCAGUAGCUCCAAAAUUCUCAUUUGCAGAAGUGAAUUCGAUGCUUUUACAUUAUUGUAUUGGAAUUCGAGAGAGUGUUGAACGUUUACGCAAUGAUUAUCAAGAUAAAAAAUUGAAAGAAUCGAUUAAUGAAUUCUUCAAUCGAUCCAGUUUACAAAUUAUGAACGAUUUACGUAAUACCUCGAAUGAUGUUUGUACGAACUUUAAUAAUAUUGUUUUGGAAAAUAAGAAUUCACAAUGGAUGGAGAAUUUAAGGUCUCAUUUCAAUCAAAGUCAACAAUGUAUUAUGUCUUGUGUAACUGAUGACAAAGACAACAUUAUUGCAGAACAAUGUAUUUUUAUUUAUGGUUUACAAAAAACUUUGCAUUCAUUAGAAUCGAAAGUUAAUUUACAAACUACAACUCAUGCAGUUUCUACUGAUUCGCAUAAAUCUGAAAAAAACGAAGUAAUGGUUCCUCUUGUUAAUAGCGCACCACAAGAAGAGAUGAGACCAGUUAAGAAUCCAGAGCCACCCGCCGAUGAAAAAUCAGAUAUCGUUAAAGUUCCUGUCAAACAACAAAAAGAAGAAAAUUUGGUUCAAUUACCUCCACAAAAACCUGAAGAUACUCAUCCAGCUAACUUAAAUAAAGCAGCAGUCGUUGAACCUGACCAAGAUGAUCCGGUUGGUGUUGAUGAUACUGAACGAUUUCGAAUACCAACAACAAUAUCAACAACUGCUAAAAAUGUUGUUAAAGGAUCAUCCACUGUGGUUAAUCAAGUUAACCCAUCACCACCGAAACAAGAAGUUGUUCAACCUUCUAAAACAGAGGAUGAACAUAAGGCAGCAGUUGAUAAUGUUGAAAAUGUAAAUCCAAAAGUUCCAAAAUCACAAGGCCAGGAAUCUGAGUUUUUAAAUGAAUAUCCAGCUCAAGAUUUUGAGGACGACAAAGAUGAUGGUGACUUCGAAAAACCUGAUUGGCUUGUUGUAGAUGAUCCGAACGAUCCGAAAACUAAAUCUCAUAAGAAAGUAACAAACGAAGAAGUUUUCCAAAAACCGAUUCAAUCAUUUGGUACAAAGCCAGUCACUGCACAAGAAGUUGACACAGAAGUUAGUUUAAUGCCAUGGUAUUUAAUGGUUGUAUUUUGUGCUUUCUUAGUUUACCUUUCAUUUGCUAAUAAGAAAAAAUUCAUUUUUCAGAUUGUUGCAUACGUUGUGGAGGGACGACCAAGUGGACGUUACGGUAGACGUGGUGGACGUCCAAAUACCGCUAAUUAUAGAAAAUUAGAUACUAAUUUAGAAGAAGCUAUUACGUCCAAUUGCAAUACAACUUCAUCGCAUGUUAUUUAUUAGCAUACCAGAAGAAAAUUUGACAAAACCUUUGUGAUAAUCUCUUUAUUAAAAUUUAUGUCUUUAUAAAAUAAGUUUAAAUAAAUCAGUUUUUAACUCAACUCAACUCAAGGAUUAGUUGAAUCUGAUUGUUAGAAGCUCUACUAAGCGCGAUCUGCAUGUGAGUCAAAUGACCUCAUAUCUUCCUUAUGGAAAAUGUCUUUUGAUCAAAUUUUCUGAAAAUUUGGGUUCUUAAAGUUUUUUUUUUAUGAGUAAAUAAAAUAUCUCUACGGCUGCCUAUUCCUAAAAAUAACUGUGAGGCAUACAGAGUUGAGAGUUCAUACAUUGGUACGAUAUUCCAUCCCUUCAGGUGCGUAUAUCUUGCAAAAUAUUCACCUGAGAACCAUUACUAAACAAUUUGUAGUUAUUUAAGAACAACAGUAGUGUUUUGACGUAAAUGGACUUCCUCCUCCCCACUUUGACAGCUCCUGCACUAGUCAUGAUACACUUACUGUAAAGCCAAGGCUUUCAGCGUGUCUGCCGCCUAGCCAGUAUCCUGCAAUAGCCGCAACGAAUUUGUUAACAGAGGCUCUUGGAAGCGAUAUGAGGUCUACGGAACGCCUACGAUUGUACUCAGGUCAUAUCUUACUUGUAGUACUUGUGUCCUAGGAUUUUUUUAAAUCUUUCAUAAAAGUAAUUCCAGUUUCAGAUCAGAAAUUUUUAUCGUAGAUUAUUUUCCAUAAGAAAGUCCAGAGUUCUUUAUUUUUCAAAACCAAUAAUUGUAAAAUAAUUGAUUUGUU